AUGAAUCGACGGCUUCUAUUACUCGUAAUUAUUUUCAUCGAUUUUCGCGACGCCUCGAAUCCGGUCGUGUUUUGCGAUGAUUCGUACGGGAAAUUCAAUGCGAAUGACGGACGAUUUUACGUCACCAACUACGAGUUCCCGAUAAUGUCGACGGUGAAGCUUGUGAAUGCUGGAAGACGCGAUUUCUCAAUUCCGAAGCAACUUCAUCCGUGCUACUCUUUGAGCUCUGGCAACAAUUAUAUUAAUCAACUUUUCGACAUUUAUAAUUUUGGAGAGUUUGCCACAACGGUUUGCCGACGCAGAUGCGCUCAUUUCGUCGAAAUUCAAAAACCGGAAUGCGGCGAACGUCGACCGCCGCCAACGUGGAAGGUCGGCGAUGACAUUUCGCCGUCGCGAAAAAUCAACUGCUCGAAUUGGGAUCUGCCGUUGACCGCCAAAGGGAAACAAGACGGCAUUUUUCUCUCCACCACAUUCGCCACACUCGACGUUUUCAUGAGGAAACUCGUUGAUCCACCGUAUGGAUUGGAUAAUAAGACGAAAAAAUAUUUCGAGACAUUGCCGAUUCAAGGUCUUCAAAUUGUUCCCGAGCUUCCCAAAAAACCGUCGGCGAAAGUUCUCAGCUCGUUGUACGCGGAAAUGAAGGAAAUGAUCGAGCGUCAUCCGGAAAUUGGGCAUCUCGCGCUUGGCAACCCGAAAACCCGCUACUCGUCGAUCGACCAAAUUGAUCGGCCGCGUUUGAAUCCGGCUGAUGAUUUGUACGAGAUUAUGGGCCAAUUGGAGAAUCUUGAAACGAUCGUGUUCGCCCGAAUGGCGUUGGGCGAUAUGAGCAAAAUGCCGAAAACUGUGAUCAAUUCGUUGAAAGGCGUUACAUUUUAUGAUGUUGAAUUCGACAAUGUGCCGGAAUUUUUGAAAAUGGCCAAAACUCAGUUUUUGGAGUUUGAGACGAGUUUGACCGAUUCGACGAAUAUCGAUGUGCUCAAUGAGCUUGUCGAUUUGGAGCAUUUUCAAUUGAAAAACUCUCAAAUUACCACAAUUAAAGCGCCAUUUUUGGCGAAAUCUCGAAAAUUGAUUUCGCUGACACUUCAAUGCAAUAUGAUAUCGAAUAUUGAGGCGUAUGCUUUUGAUCAUCUAGUUGAGCUGAAAUACUUGAAUUUGGCUGGAAAUCGCUUAAUUACUCUUCCGGACAAUAUUUUUGCGAAAUUGACCAAUUUGUUGGUGUACGAUGUGAAAGCAAUUGAUUCGAACUCCAGUAUUAUUAAAUGUUUUAAUCAAAUUUCAAUCGAUUGCGGUGUUAAUUCUCCACCGGCCGAGAAUACGAUACUUGAAAGUGUGCCGAUUCUUCCGAACCCGGAGAAAAUUCAAGGAUUGGACAUUCGGGGACAAACCAACUUUUUAAGCGCUGACAAACUCGCUUUAACUGAUUUUAAGAAUGUUGAGGUUUUGAAUAUUGGCAAUUUGGGCUUACAAAAUGUCAAUGAGUAUGGAAUUGAAGAAUUGUGCAAUUUGUACGACUUGAAUCUUAUCGAUAAUCCGUUGAAUGACGAUGAUUGGAUUGGCGAGAAGGUUUUCGUGAAUGUCAAUUUGUCGAAGCUUCGAUUAUCGAAAAUUUCCUAUAUUUCGAAUCCGUUGAUAGCAUUUAUGAGAACGUCGGAAGCAAUAAUGUAUGAUACAUUCAAGUUUUUGUAUGAAGCCACGGUCUACAGAACUAACGAGCAUUGUGGAAAAGAGAAAGUCAUGAUGGCUACAACUUUUGGCUACAAAAUUCAAGAUUUGAGCUGUGAAGAAGAUGUGGAGCAGGCAAUAAAGGAAAUACGGGUAAUGGAACAUACAAAAAUGGACACAGAAUGCGAAUGA